GGUGUCUCUGGGGAGUCGGGCCGGUACUUAAGAGGCACCCCGGGGAGAAAAAGCGAACUGAGAGUCCCGGGGAGGCCCGGCUCCACACCCCAGCGGGGACUGGUCAGGCCUGCGCCGGCCUGAGCCUGAAGUGCGAGUUGCUAUGGGCAACCGUCCGGGUGACGGGCCGUAAAGUGUUUGCCCGGCUAGUCGCGUUGUUAGGAAGGGCGCCGCGUCCCGGCUCGUGGCUCGCUGCAGCCACCGUGCCUGUGCAGCGUGCGCGGCCCCGCUCUGGCCAUCUCCACGCGGGGCAGAGCCGAGAGACGAGGGCACCUCCUGACCGUUCACACUGCCUUUUUUGCGUUAGUAUGAAGGGUCCCCCACAACCCCUGUGGACAUGCCGUCCUUGUAAGGUACAAACCUCGAUGGGAGCCUUGCUCCUUUAAAGAGCCUCGUGGUGGAACAACUGUUUGACCCAUUCAGUGGAAGGAUGAAAGCUCCACGCAGGAACACGCGGUGAAUGGAAAGGACCUGUCACUGUGAGCCUUGACUUUGGAUUAGUCAUGCGAUGCCCUCCCCAGUGAGACAUGACUGAGCAGAUGAAAAUAGUAAGGCACUCUGAACAGACGCUCAGAACAGCUCUCAUCUCAAAGAACCCAAGGCUUGUAUCGCAGUAUGAGAAAUUAGACAUUAGGGAGCAGCGAUUAAUGAAUGAAGCCUUCCAGCCAGCCAGUGAGCUCUUCAGCCCUAUCACUUUGCACUCCCAGUCGGAUUGGAUCACUUCCCACCCUGAGGCUCCUCAGGACUUCGAAGAGUUUUUCAGUGACCCCUACCGAAAGACCCCCUCUCCGGAGAAACACAGCAUUUACAUACAGUCCAUCGGCGCUCUAGGAAACACUAGGGUUAUCAGUGAAGAAUAUAUUAAAUGGCUCAAGGGCUACUGUGAAGCAUUUUUCUAUGGCCUGACAGUCAAACUCCUGGAGCCAGUCUCUGUUUCUGCAACGAGGUGUUCCUUUAGAGUCAAUGAUCACACUCAGAAUCUACAGAUUCAUGCGGGGCAUAUCCUGAAGUUCUUAAAAAAGAAGAAACCUGAAGAUGCCUUCUGUGUUGUGGGGAUAACCAUGAUCGAUCUUUACCCGAGAGACUCGUGGAAUUUUGUCUUCGGGCAGGCCUCUCUGACAGAUGGUGUGGGGAUAUUCAGCUUCGCCAGGUAUGGCAGAGAUUUCUAUAGCUCACACUAUGAAGGCAAAGUGAAGAAGCUCCAGAAAAAAUCUUCCAGCGAUUAUUCCAUUUUUGAUAACUAUUAUAUUCCUGAAAUCACUAGUGUUUUACUGCUGCGGUCCUGUAAGACAUUAACCCAUGAGAUCGGGCAUAUAUUUGGACUGCGACACUGCCAGUGGCUUGCAUGCCUAAUGCAGGGCUCCAACCACUUGGAGGAAGCCGACCGACGCCCUCUGAACCUUUGCCCCAUCUGUUUACGCAAGUUGCAGUGUGCUAUAGGCUUCAGUAUUGCAGAAAGAUACAAGGCGCUGGUGAGGUGGAUUGAUGGCGAAUCUGCUGGCACACCGAGAGCAACCCCGAAACAUAGUCGUGAGGAUAGUGUGAAUUUGCCCAAACCCGUGGAAUCCUUCAAGGAAUGGAAAGAGUGGAUAAUAAAAUGCCUUGCUGUUCUCCAAAAAUAAGAACCUUCAAAUAGAAUAAAAUAAAUUCUUGUACCG